AUGGUGGCAGGAGGAAAACGCAGAAUACAGUAUCAGGAAGAAGAAAGGAAAAGGCUUUGGUCAUGGUAUGCAUCACACCGCUCCACCGUCUCCAUCUCAUCUCCAGCUCCCUACUCCGUACCUACUGCAUACCAUAUAACCCGGCCUCCUCCAUCCCAUCUUACUCUAUUCCACUACUGUACGCUCUACCACCAUGCCAGCUCGCAAAUGUGUUGUCUUCUCGCCGCUGAACUCUUCCUCCGCUGCCAUCACAUCCAGCCGUGCCACCUCAAACACCCUCUCCAACGCUGCCAUGCUCCCCGCGGCCAACGCUUCCGCAACCCCGACGCUACCACCAACCCAGGCCGCAUCCCUUCGCGAGCCUGUCCAGAGGAACUCUGGCGCACCGCUACGAUCGAGGUAGACGGCUACUGUCCUGCCUGCACGCAGCAGCAAGAAGAAGCAAGCCUGUUCCUGCUGUGUUUUGCGGGGGACGAAGCAGCCCUUGACACUGGCCGGAUUGCGGGCGAAGUGACGGAGUACAGCUGUGGCCAUAGACGGGUGAGGAUGGACCCGGCGGUGCUUCAGCGGUUUCUCAACGGUGCAACCAUAGAUGAGGCGGAAUGUGAAGCUGGAGCUGGAGCUGGAGCUGUAGAGAGGUGUCUGGAAUGGGAGAAGCUGCGGGUGAAGUGCGAGAGCAGCGCUGAGAAGUGCGCUGAGUGUCGACUGCGGGCGUCUGGACUUUGCAUUAGAACUAGAUGA